UAAUAUGUCCUGGGUUUCAAUUGGGUUCAUUCGGAUGAUCUCGCAGAUCUCAUGUGAAACCGAGGAGUUCUGAAAAUAUGUAAGCAAAUGGGCGUUCAGAUUGAAGAUGACUCUUAAUUUAGUUGCAACUACAGCAAUUAAGAAAGCUGUUGUCCUGAUCAAUGACUUAGAUACAUCCAAAUUUCCUUUGUUGUUAACAAGGAUACUAUCAAAGUUACAUCUAAAGGAUGAGCGCACAUUUUCAGAAGAGGAGGAGGAAAAACUCCAGUCUUCUCUGUCCCUGACUGAUGGGGAUUUGGAACUAGUUAUCCAUACCCUGGAGUUCAUCUUGCAUCAGGCAGCCUACCACACAGCCAAACCAGGAUUACUGGGGCAGCAACUACAGCAGAUAGAGCUAGAGGAGGAGAAGGUAAAAGUGAUCGUAGACGCCUGGAAGAACGCGGCAGCAGAUGUUGUGACCAAACUACGACAGAGGACCAUCACUCCGAAGCGUCUGGAGGAGAUCAACUGGAGACUCAAUCUCCAGAUGGCCCAGUCCAACAAAAGCAAGAUGAAGCUUCCCAACGCCAUGUUUGAACUCAAAAUCAAUGAUGAAGACUCAGAGGCUAAAGAAAAAAUCCGCUUUGAGAUGACACAUGAUGAACUCUACUCAUUUUACAACCAGCUGGAAACUAUACAAAAACAACUGGACAAUUUAGGAUGAGAACAUCGGCAUACAAGAAACAAAAGAAAAGAAUAAGAGCGGGUAUCUUCAUUCCAUGAUGUUCAACUCAGUCACGAGUGAUUCAAUCAUUCACUAACUUAAUUAAUGCAGCACAUCAAAUAUGUUAUAUGUAUAUUGUUAUUUUGUAAUGAAAUUUUAAGCAACA